ACAAGUUAUUAAAGCCGCAAAGCACAUGACAAAGGUGCCGCCUGCGCAUUGUUGCUACAUAAAUGGAAUGACCUAGAUUGGAGUCGAACUUGGAAGUCCGGACAACCACCGUCAAGAUGAAGGCCCUGUUCGUCCUCACCAGCUGCUCUGAGAUUAAAACAGUUGGCAUGAAGACUGGAUGGUAUCUCCCCGAAGUUGCACAUCCAUAUGAAGUUUUCACCAAGGCCGGUGUCCAGGUAGACUUUGUAAGCCCCAAUGGAGGAAUGGCUCCUAUGGACCCAGGGAGUGCUGAAGCCUUCAAAGACGAUGCCGUCUGCAAGGCUUUCUUGGCGAACGAGACCGCCAUGGAUGCCAUAGCUAACACCAAAACACCGGCACAGGUUACACCUGGGGAAUAUAAAAUAAUUUUCUAUGCCGGUGGUCAUGGCCCAAUGUUUGACUUACCAGAUAAUGUGGAAAUUGCCAAACUUGCCACAGCAGUUUAUGAGGCUGAGGGAGCUGUGGGAGCUGUUUGCCAUGGGACAGUGGGUCUUAUUCCCGUAAAACUCUCCAGUGGUGAACUUCUGAUCAAAGGCUUAAAGUUGACCUCCUUCACAGACGCAGAGGAGAAAGCGGUAAAUCUUGAUGGGGCAAUGCCGUUUUUACUUGAGACGCGACUGAAGGAAUUGGAGGCAGUGUUUGAAGGAGCUGAUAAUUUUGCUUGUAACGUGCAGGUGUCUCGCAGGGUUGUGACAGGCCAAAACCCAGCGUCGGCGACGAAAACAGCAGAGGAGUUACUAAAAGUAGCCAAAUAGGCCUCUUUUUUUAUAUUUAGAACUGAUUCAAGAUUUGCCUGGUUAAUUUGAUGCGCAUUCAAAAUUUUAAAGUAAAUUUUCUUAUUGCCUCUAUACUUUUGAGUGUUUCCAUUUUGAUAUUGACGCGGCGGUGUUGUUGCUUAAUCAAACGUAGAACAGUCCCAAAAGUAUAACUGUCUGGUCAAAAUUAGAGCAUGUGAGAGAGAUGGAGAGGAGAAAACACGGCACAGAGUUGUAGAUAGUUCAUACCGAUCAAAACUGUAUUCAACCGUAAUCUAUUGAAAUUAAACAAGAAUGCAGAGGAUGGAUGUUUCUAGUUCAAACCAUAAGCUUUACUUGUCAUUGCACACAGACUGAUUGUUAGUAACUGCGUUGUUCACUUAUCUACGCUAAUGUAUGUUUGUCAUUUUGUAAUUUGCAAUACAAAUGUGUAAAAGGAGUGAAAUAACAUUUUGUAAUUAUUGAUGCAUUUUCAGUAAAAUCUGUAAAUUCUGUGUUUA